AUGCUAUUAGAAACAAAUGGUUCUUGUGUGGAUUUAUCUGACAUAAAUGGAAUCACACCACUUAUGUUGGCUGCAAUACAAAAUGAAAUCAAAGUUAUAAAACUUCUACACAAACACGAUGCUAAUGUCAACAAACAAGAUGACCGCGCUUUACAAAUGAGGAAGAAGGAACUUGUCGACUUUGUUUAUCAAUAUGGUGCAGACAUUAACAAAAAAAAUAAUCACGGUAGAACAUCUCUGUAUCUUGCAGUACAAAAUGGCAAUUUAAAUGCUGUUAAUCUUUUGUUAAAAAUGGGUGGCCGUGACGUGAAUUUGUCCGAUAACAAAGGGACAUCGCCCUUAAUGUUAGCUGUACAAAACAGCAAGACAGAACUUAUUAAACUUCUUCUUCAAUAUGGUGCGGACAUUAACAAACAAAAUAAUCGCGGUAGAACAUCUCUGUAUCUCGAAGUACAACAUAAGAAUUUAAAUGCUGUUAAUCUUUUGUUAAAAAUGGGUGGCUGUGACGUGAAUUUGUCCGAUAACAAUGGAACAUCGCCCUUAAUGUUAGCUGUACAACGUGGCAACACAGAACCUGUCGAAUUUCUUCUUCAAUAUGGUGUGGAUAUUAACAAACAAAAUAAUCGCGGUAGAACAGCUCUGUAUCUCGCAGUACAAAAUGAUAAUUUAAAGGCUGUUGAUGUUUUGUUAGAAAUGAAAGGCUGUGACGUGAAUUUGUCCGAUAACCAAGGAAAAUCGCCCUUAAUUUUAGCUUUACUAAAUUGCAACACAAAAGUUAUUGAACGUCUUCAUCAAGACAACGCCGACGUUAAGAGACAAGCAUUAAUGGUCGCAACUAUUUUAUACAACAUCCCCUACAUGCAUGCUUUGUUACAACAUGGAUGCAAUAUAGAUGUCGAUGCACAGGACAAAGACGGGCAAACUGCCUUAAUGCUGGCUGCUAAACUCGGAGAUUAUAACAUCGUUAAACAGCUAUUGGAAGCAGGGGCUGAUGUAAAUAUUUCAUCGAGAGCAAUGAUGCCCCCCUCGUGUAUGUCAGCAUGUAGAGGAUUUCUGUCAGUUUUGGCAUACCUGUUAGAUCAUGGUGCGGAUGUUAAUGCAGUAGAUCAAAAUCAAUGUACAGUUCUCCACCACAUGGUCACAAAACCCAAUGGCUGUGUGAUUUUACACAAAUUAAUUAUUAAUAACAGUACUGUUGAUGUUUUCUUAAAGAUAGAAGGCUGUAACGUUAAUCUGUGUGAUAACAAUGGAAAAUCGCCCUUAAUGUUAGCUUCACAAUACGGCAAUUUGGAACUAAUUGAAUUUCUUCAUAAACACAAAGUUGACGUUAAUCAACAAGAUGAUCUCGGUAGAACAUCUCUGUAUCUCGCAGUAGAAAAUAACAAUUUAAAGGCUGUUGAUGUUUUGCUAAACAUGGAUGGCUGUGACGUGAAUUUGUCUGAUAACAAAGGAAAACCACCCUUAAUAUUAGCUGUACAAAAUGGCAACACAGAACUUAUGAAACUGUUUCAUGAAUAUGGUGCAGACAUUAACCAACAAGAUAAGCGCGGUAGAACAUCUCUAUAUCUAGCAGUACAAAAUGACGAUUUAAAUGCUGUUGGUGUUUUGCUAAACAUCAAUGGCUGUGGUGUGAAUUUGUCCGAUAACAAAGGAAAAUCGCCCUUAAUGUUAGCUGUACAAAACAACAACACAGAACUUUUGGAACUUCUUCAUCAACACAACGCCGACGUUAACAAACAAGAUGACCGCGGUAGAUCUGCUGUUUAUUACUGUUUGCAUCAAAUGUGCAGAGAUGAAGAGGAUGGCAUAGAAAUAAUGAAGUUGUUGGAAUGUUUUGGUGCGGAAUUUAGAACACAAAACCGCGGCAAUAAAUUAAUAAAACACGUGAUGAAACACUUUUAUGAUUAUUUCCAGCAUUUAGUAGAUUCCAAUAUGGUUGAUUUUGAUGGUUUGGAUAAAAACGAAUCUUGGACAGAAUAG